AUGAAAGUGAUGAGAGGAGAAGUCUCGGCAAAGACCACAUACCAGAGGACAGCCAAUGGACCGGUCAGUAUCGCCGAGGCCAACCCAGAGGGCAAGUACAUCAUGCUGGAAAACAAUUCCAAUGGAGGCAUCAGAAAGGAUGUUGAUCUCAGUGGCUUUAGGCUCCGGCGAGUUGUGGACAACAACAGAGCUCGCGCCAUCGAGUACACCUUCCACAGCUUCUUGCUGAAACCAGGCAGAAGUGUCAAGAUCUUCGCUCGGUCGGCCGCAGCCCAAGCUGGUCCCAAUGACCUAGUUUUCCGUGACGUUGAAUCUUGGGGUGCCGGAGCCGAAGUUGUGACUACCUUGCUUAACGAGAAAGGAGAGGAGAAGGCCAGCCAUAUUCAGAAGACGAACUACAGCCACUAA